GUUAAUAUUAGAAUUGGAAGUUUGUAUCAGUUGCUGAAUAUUGGAAAUUGGAUGUAAUGGCAGCAGAAUUUAUAAAGAGUUGCUGUAGAGGAUGUUUUUAUGGUGAAACAGAAAAGCACAAUUUUUCCAGGGAGAGAGACUUUAAAGCAGCAGUCUCAGAGAGUCAAAAUACCACUGUCUGUGUCCCUCCAUUGAGUUCUGUUUCGGUAAAGCCUCAGGUUGGCUGUACUGAGGAUUACUUACUUUCCAAAUUACCAUCUGAUGGCAAAGAAGUACCAUUUGUGGUGCCCAGGUUUAAGCUAUCAUAUGUUCAGCCCCGGGUACAAGGAACUCCCUCACAUCUGGAGGAACUGGAAGGAUCUGCUAGAGCAUCUUUUGGAGAUCGAAAGGUAGAACUUUCCAGUUCAUCCCAGCACGGACCCAGCUAUGAUAUAUACAACCCCUGCUAUAAGUAUCAGCACAUUUCGCCUGAUUUGAGCCGGCGCCUUCCUCCUCGCUCAGAAGCAGCGAGACUGUAUGGAUCAGUUUGUGAUUUAAGGACCAGCAAACUACCCAGUUCCCCUGGGCUAAGCAAGUCUAUGUUUGAUCUUACAAGUUCAUCUCAGCGGUUCAUGCAGAGACAUGAUUCAUGGUCCAGCAUGCCUAGUACUUCUUCUUCAAGGAAAAAUUCCCAGGGCAGUAACAGAAGCCUGGAUACAAUUACUCUGUCAGGAGAUGAAAGAGAUUUUGGGAGAUUGAAUGUGAAAGUGUUUUAUAAUUCUUCAGUAGAGCAGAUCUGGAUCACAGUUUUGCAGUGCAGAGAUUUAAGUUGGCCUUCUAGUUGUGGGGACUCUCCUACUGUUUCUAUAAAAGGAACGCUAACAUUGCCCAAACCCGUGCAUUUCAAAUCUUCAGCAAAGGAGGGCUCUAAUACUAUUGAAUUUAUGGAAACUUUUGUAUUUGCUAUUAAACUCCAAAGUCUACAAACUGUAAGGCUUGUAUUUAAGAUUCAAACCCAGACUCCCAGGAAGAAAACCAUCGGGGAAUGCUCACUAUCACUCAGAACUCUUAGCACACAAGAAAUGGAUUACUCUUUGGAUAUAAUGUCACCUUCAAAAAUUUCUGUUUGCCAUGCAGAACUUCAACUGGGGACUUGUUUUCAAGCUGUAAAUAGCAGAAUUCAGUUACAAAUUCUCGAGGCACAAUACCUGCCAAGCUCUUCAACACCUCUCACUCUGAGUUUCUUCGUGAAGGUGGGGAUGUUUAGUUCAGGAGAGUUGAUUUAUAAGAAGAAGACACGCUUACUGAAGGCCUCCAACGGAAGAGUAAAGUGGGGAGAAACUAUGAUUUUUCCACUUAUACAGAAUGAAAAAGAAAUUCUUUUUCUCAUCAAGCUUUAUAGUCGGAGCUCUGUAAGAAGAAGGCACUUUGUGGGGCAGAUUUGGGUAAGCGAGGACAGUAAUCACACCGAAGCCGCAAAUCAGUGGAAAGAGACAGUUACGAAUCCAGAAAAGGUUGUUAUCAAGUGGCACAAAUUAAACCCAUCUUGAAGACAUCACUUGCUAAUUUGGUGAAGAACUUGACAUUCUUUUAGAAGACUUCUGAUUUCAAUUUGCUGCCAGUGAGAAGAGACAAAUCAAUACAUUUGUCUAUUUAUGAAGGUCAUAAUUGUAAUAGAUAAGAGAUCUUAUGGAAAAUUAAAUUUGAUAAAAAAUGGGGUGAAUUAUAUCAAAUAUCCAAAGUACAGGGCAUGUUUUAAAACUUGCCAAAAUAGACAGUAAAAUAAAGAGUAGUAUGCUGGGGCAACUAAAUAAAUUAUACAAUCAGUGAAAAUUUCAACCAUAGGUAGUUUUUGCUAGAUUAUGUUUAUGGGGUUUUUAAAAGCUUUACCUAGAUAUUAAAACUCUAGUAUAUCAAAUCUCUGUUGGUUAUUAGAAUGUAGAAGACUGUACUACUGACUGUUCCAGUGCUGGUUUUUAUUCUUAGACCUCGACUUCACUGUUUACCUCUUGCUGUAUAUUUUCUCUCAGCAAAAAUGAAUUAAACCACUUCAACUCUUCUGUAUUUGGGGAAAAUUUGUGCCCUGUGUUUCUCAUUUCUUACCCAAAAGGCAUUCCAUUGCCACUUUGUAAAUGAUCUCCAAGAAACUUGAAACGUAGAUCACUAUAUUUUGGCAAGAGUAAAUGAAAACACCAGAGGGUUGAAGUUUAAUUGGAAACCUAGUGUAUACACGUUUUGCUAUAUGUUUUCCUCUCUCAAACAGCUUACCCUUUGUGUUAAUUGGAGUUGGGAUAAGAUUAUCAUCCAUAUAGUCCAUCCUAAUUAGCAGAAUUAAAUGAGCUUAAUUAGGAACUUCAAUAUUUUAUGAUAAUCAUUUCCUUUUUUUAAACUUUUUUAAAAAUAUAAACUACUUGUUCUGUAAUCCAUGAUAUUAUUUUCCCACGUUUUUAAAGAAACCAUAUUGUAGUAUAUAUUUUCUUUUUCCUUUUUUUUUUUU